AUGGAACCGCUCUCAUCACGAACCUGGAUCCAACAUCAAGCUGCCCUGCCUUCCUGUAACCAGCGCAACGGGCACUUCCUUAGUGAUCCAGACACGGCGUUCUCAGUGAAGAAACUUGUUGACCUCAAUGAGUCUGCCGCCUCUCUCUCGCCUGAACUUGAGAACUCAACUGACAAUCUCCAAGACAGUGGUCAUGAACGUGCGGAGAGCGAGCAUGAAACACAAGUCGGCAAUGAAGACGAGAUCCGCGAAGCUCUCGCACAGCGCUGUCGACAGCUGCAGGAAGACGUCGAAGUGCUUGUGGUUCACAUGGAGAAGCAGGAAAAAACUCAUGCAAGAGAACGCAAGAAAGCGGAAGAUGAGCAUCGUGCGCUACUGCUGAAAAAUUCUGCUCUUGAGCGUGAGCUGAGUGGGUUACGCGUCGAGAGGGAUGCCUUGUUCAAGCAAAAUGCGCGGAUGGUGGCUCAACGCACUGAUGACGAACGACAAGCAAACGAUGAGGGUGAAGCGCACGAUGAAGUGCUUCGAGCUCUCGCACAGCAGCAGCAACAGAAAGAAGCUCUGCAGGUUGCAGUUACCAGCGCAACUCAAGCCCGAGCGGAGACACGUAAUGCGUUGGACAAGGCUCAAAUGCAUUGCCGCAGACUGGAAGAGGAACUCUCGUCGGCUCAUGCCCAGGUGCUGCACCUCCAAAACGAGCGAGACAGCUUGAAGGCCGCACUGGAUGCCACUAUCACCGGUGCGGCUGGGUUCGAGGCACGACAGCUCCAGGCACAAGACGAGGUGAUUGCCAGUCUACGUGCUGAUCUGGUGCAGAUGGAUUUCGAGUUGAAGACACUUUCAGUAGACAAAGACACACUAGAAGAGCAAGUCGAGAAGCUCCAGCUACGGCUGGCAACCUCCGAGCGCGAUGGCGACUAUGAGGUCGUUUCUCUAACUAACAACAGCGACAAGAUAGCGAAGCAAAAAGGUCAGAAGAAGCGCACGACAAUCCGUCCUGUGAGAUCAAAUAGGGAGACCACUGGCAGACGCGGGUCGGAUCUGUUUAACAACUUGAUGGAGCUGCCUAACACAGUCACCGAGCCGCAAGAAUGCGCGAAUGCAACCAUUUGGUUGUCACCAGCUGCUUCAUACUUUUCGUCCUCUAACAGCCAAGAUCAUCGACGGCGUAGCUUUCGCGAACGAAUUGCACCGCCAACAGGCUUGACAUCGUUCGUGUCGAAGACCGUUCAGUCAGCGCGAAAGCACCUCGCCUCACCCCUGCACAACACAUUCGGAGGUAACCAGGAGAAGUAG